CUAUUCUUUAUUGCUCUGUACAAGACAGGGUUCAUUUCACUACAGUAUAUAACGGUGUCAGGGCAUGAGCCUUCACUGAGAUACCAAUCCAGGAUGAUGAAUCCUUCAAGAGUGAUGUUGCUUUUUGCCUUCUGCCUGAUCUUCUUGGCUUCUAUUAGUUUGGGUGCUGUCAUGAGAAACAAUGCUGAGAGUCGGGAGAAGAGAGCUAUGCCAAACUGGAGCAUGUCCGCUUCUGAUUUCUAUGGAUGGGUGGAAGAAUUGCGUAGACUGGCUGCCUAUGACAGGACUGAUGAAAUGGCCAAAGUUUACUGGGCUCACUUUCCCAUUGCAUCUCAUUUAGGCUAUGACGAGUCUGAAGUUGAAGAUUAGUUAAAUCAGUGGUCUCUUGCUCUCCAUGUAAAGUUGCCAUAAAGCAUACAUUGGUAUUACACUGUUCAGUACCACUGCUUAUAUUAAAUACAUGUAUUUGCUGAUGUAUAUUUAUCAUGUAAGUUUUUCUUUUUCUUAGAUAAGAGUAGCUACUUUCUUCAUUUUUGUUUUAUCCUGAUUAAUCCUGGAGAUGUAUCAAGCCGUUCUGAACGGACCAGUAAAAUGAAAACGCAAAUAUGUUCAUGUAAAAGCAAGAGUUUUUGUAUUGGUAAACAUAAUCUAUGACAUUUCUGGACAUAAAAACCCAGUUAAAUAAAAUUGGAAGUAUCUCCACCUUCUAUACCA